AUGUCUGCCGUGGGCGACAGCGGCGGCGCCCAGAUAGCUGCGGCUUCGGCCGGCACCAUCAAGGCACCUCACCCUCCGCCGCGCGCACGCCCAUGCGACACUUGCCGUCUCCGAAAGACGCGCUGCGUCAAGGAGGGGAGCCGCACCCAGUGCGUGCUGUGCGCCUUUCACGGCCAGAGAUGUACAUUCUUGAAAGGCCCGCUCCCGCGCCAGCGGCGGGUGCUCGCGGCUCCCCACGUCGGUCCAAACAAGCUCACGCAGCGUCGGAACUCGGCCGACGAGGGCGCCGCUCGACACCUCUCCUCAGAAGGCUCCUUUCCGCGCGGCGCGUCUCCCAGGGACGGCGCGCAUGGCAUCGCUUCGCCGACCGACGCGAGGGCCCCGGAGUCUCGCUCCCCAUCGGCCAGCAGCCAACAUGAGCUCACGGGCCGGCCUGAUGGCAUGCCGGUGUCGCCCCCGGCCAUACUCGACGACACGCUGGGCUUGGAUCUCAAGACGCAUGCCGAAUACGUUGGGCCCACGGACUACCGUGAUCCCAUUCUCCUCGACCUCCAUCGUCCACCGUCGACGCAGGCCGCUCGUUCGUCUGCGGCGCGCGAGCUCGCCCGGCGUCUCGACGACCAAACCAUCUUCAUCGUCCGCCCAGACGAGACAGCCGCUUCCGAGGCGCAACGCGUGGCGGACCUGGACGCGAUAGAGGCCGCUGUGCAUCCCCUGGGCCGCACCUUGGUCGACCUCUACUUCCGCAUCGUCCACCCCAGCUUCCCCAUCCUCCACAAGGAUGUCUUCAUCAGCAAGCACCGCAUCUCCCACCGCCACUUUGCGCCGUCGCUGCUGGCCGCCGUGUACCUCGUGGCCCUGGACUGGCAACUCUACGACAGCGUUCUGGCCGGCAGCGAGUCCACGCCGGACGCCGCGGCCCUCGAGAGGCUGGCGGAGCGGACCAUCAACAGGGACAUGCGACGGCCAAAGCUCAGCAUCGUCGAGGCCGGCUUGCUGCUUCUCCAGCGGCACCGCCGACCGGGGGAGCACGGCGACGGCAACACGUCCAGCCGCGCGUUUGCGGCGCAGCUGGUCGCCGUCGCGCAGGACCUGGGCCUCCACCUCGACUGCAGCUCGUGGUCCAUCCCGGCGUGGGAGAUGGGCUUGAGGCGGCGCCUUGCCUGGGCCGUGUACAUGGAGGAUCGCUGGGGCGCAUUCGUCCACGGACGGCCCUGCGUGAUCCACGAGGACGACUGGGACGCCCGCCCGUGCACCGACUCUGACUUCCCGGAGCUGGCCUCGCGGCAGGAGGACGGCGCGGCGGUGGAUCUGGACGCGCGCAUCGGCUGGGACAUAUUUUGCGCCUACAUCGAGCUGAGCCGCAUCGUCACCGACGUCCUGCGCACCUUUUGCAGCCUCAAGGCCACGCGCGCGGCCGGCAUGCUGGAUCAGGUCGGCAUCGCCGGAGCCGUGGACCUCGCUCAGCCGCUGGUCGUCCGGCUCCGAGCGUGGUACGGGGCUCUGCCCGACGCGCUCCAUCUGCGGAGCAAGCAACGGGGGAAGCUAUGCGCCAACGGCUCCCUGCACCUGGCCUAUGCCUCCAUGGAAAUCGCCAUCCACCGCGCGCUCCUGCGCACGCUGACGCCCGACACCAGCGAGCCGGUCCGCAGCCGCGUGCGCUCGGCAGCCCGCGCGAAGCUGCAGGUCGCCACGGAGCUGAUGGCGUCGCUCGAGCCCGAGCACACGGCGGCGUUCUGGGGACGGGCGGCCGCGCACCAGGCUGCACAUGUCGGGUCGCUGGGCGCGCUCCUGUGGGCGACGGCGGAGACGGCCGAGGAAAUGGCGUGGUGCGCGGCCAGAGUCGACGAGCUACGCUGGGCGCUCCGGGUGCGAGGCUCCGCGGCGCCGUUUGCGAGGGACGCGCUCUGGCUGCUGGAGCACGACGUUGGCGGCGUCGGCGUCGUGAGAGCGACGCGCGGGGAGCCGUCGUGA